AUGCCGGCGUACCACUCGACGCUAAACGAGCUCCAGACGCAGGAAGCGUGCGGCUGUGCCAUUCUGCCCAUCAAGACGCGCGCACGUGGCCCUGCGCCGCCUGCGCCCGAGGACCAGGACGAUAUCGUGGACGAAGUGAUCACGCUCUUCCGCGCGAACGUGCUGUUUACGAACUUUGAGAUUAAGGGCAACGCCGACCGCGUGCUCAUUUACGGCACGUUAUUUGUGCACUUGUGCCUCAAGAAACUCGACCGCUGCAGUAAAAAGACCGACGCGGCGCGGAUCUUGCAGCAGACGGCUGUUGACGCGUUCGCGAUACCUGGCGACUCGAGUUUUCCACUUGGUGGCCUCGUGCGUGCGCCGUCAAGUGCGAGUGAAGCAGAAACGAUCCGUGGCUUUCUGAAGCAGUUCCGCGAAGCAAUUGCCGCUCGUCUGGUCGAUGAGGUGUUCCCGAACGGCGAGAAGAGCAAGUGGUGGAUGCUGUUUGCCAAGCGGAAGUUCAUGAACAAGGAGCUGUCGCGCUAA